GUCUCUCGUUAUAAAAGGAAAUGUGUGUGCGAGCAUACUUCCUCUCUCUUUAAACAGCCGUCAGUCGUGCUGCUCUCCUCGUAAACACUGAGGAGAUUCGACUGAGACUUCAGCUCCUGUUUCGAUGGGCCCACUUCUCAUCAGGGUGCCCUGGUUCCUCAACACCUGAUGUGGACCUUGUUGAUCCGGGUGACGUCCGAGCCAGUAUGGGUUCAUAUUUAUCUCUCUCACUCAUGUCUGCGGGAGCAGUGAUGACGUCAGAGGACCUCUUAAACACUCUGGAAGAUUUGGGAGAUGAAGAGUUUAAUAAAUUCAAGUGGUUCCUGCAGCAGGAAGAGAUCCUUGAAGACUUCCCGACCAUCAAAAAGAGCCGACUUCAGGCAACAAGCACGUGGGACACCGUAGACCUGAUGGUGCAGACAUACAGACUUCCUGGAGCUGUUGAAGUGACCAGGAAGGUUUUAGAGAGGAUCCACAGGAAUGAUCUGCUGGAGAGUUUCUCUGCCAUCUCUGGAGCAGAAGUGGAUGUCAGCGAUGGUGGGGAGACAUCAGAGAAAAGAGGAUCUUCCUCCUCUCAGACUCGGGAUUCUUUUUCUCAGACCAAUGAGAAUAAUGAUGUGAUGGUUCCAGUACCAGAGCCUCACCCCAUCGCAUCUUACCAACAGAUGCUUCAAUCAAACUUCCAGGACAAGUUUAUGUGCGCACAAGAAGGUUGGGCAGAAGAUAAACAGUGUCUGGUUGAUAUCUACACAGAGCUGUACAUCACAGCUGGGUAUGAUGUACAUAUCAACACACAGCAUGAGGUCCGGCAGAUUGAGAAAGUAUGGAAGCCAGCAGAGCCAGAGAAACCUAUUAGACCCACAGACAUGUUCAAACAUCCUUCAGGAGACUACAGACCCAUCAAAACAGUGAUGACCAAUGGAAUCGCAGGAAUUGGAAAAACUUUCCUUGUCCAGAAGUUUGUUUUGGACUGGGCUGAACAAAGAUCCAAUCAAGAUGUGCAUCUGAUUUUCCCCUUCACCUUCCGUCAGCUGAAUCCUCUGAAGGGAGAAAAGUUCAGUUUGGCAGAGCUCAUUCAUGAAUGCAUCCCAGAAACUGUAGGCAUCCCACAGGAGGCUCUUAAUUACAUCUUUACAGAUGUUCAGUCAUCAGGAAUCACCAACUAUGACAAGAGUAAAUUCAAACUUCUGUUUGUGUUUGAUGGGCUGGAUGAGAGCCGCCUUCAUCUCGACCUUCAUUCUGAAGCCAUUCGCUCUGUCGAUGUAACAAAGGCAACUAAAACAGAUGUCCUGCUGAGGAAACUCAUCAAUGGGAAACUGCUACGCUCUGCUCGCAUCUGGGUAACCACACGGCCUGCAGCGGCCAAUCAGAUCCCUCGAGAGUUUAUCAGCAGUACAACAGAGGUCAGGGGGUUCACCGACCCACAGAAAGAGGAGUACUUCAGGAAGAGAUUCAAAGGUAAGGAGGAGGCUGACAAACUCAUCUCCCAUAUCAAAACAACAGGAAGCCUCCACAUCAUGUGCCACAUCCCAGUCUUCUGCUGGAUCACUGCUACAGUUCUGGAGGAUGUGUUGAAAACCAGAGAGGGAGGAGAGCUGCCCAAGACUCUGACUGAGAUGUACGCAGAGUUCCUGGUGUUUCAGAUUGAUCGGACAAAAGAAAAGUAUGGCCCAGAGAAGAGCAUUCAAUACAUUAAGUCAUUAGCAAAACUGGCCUUUGAGCAGCUGGAAAAGGGCAACCUGAUCUUCUAUGAGAAGGAUCUGAGACAGAGCGGCAUUGAUUUCAGCGAAGCCUCGGUGUGCUCAGGAGUGUUCACAGAGAUCUUCAAAGAAGAUCGAGGAAGGAAAGGGAAAGACAAGAUGUUCAGCUUCGUCCAUUUGAGCGUUCAGGAGUUUCUGGCUGCUCUUUAUGUGAGGAUGUCGCUUAACAACAGUAACAUAAAUGUGAUGCCAUUGCCACAACCAUCACUGAAAAACCUUUGGCUAUUUUUCAGUAAAACUGCUUCAAAGAAAAUCCACAGGAAUUUCAUUAACAGGGCCUUGCAGAGUCCAAAUGGACACCUGGACUUGUUCCUUCGCUUCCUUCUGGGUCUUUCACUGCAGACCAAUCAGGACAAACUACAGGACGUGCUGAGAAAAACAGACUGUAGUUCAGAGACCACUCAGAACACAGUUCAAUAUAUCAAGAAGAAAAUCAGUGAGAAUGUGUCUGCAGAGAGAAACAUCAAUUUGUUUCACUGUCUGAAUGAACUAAAUGAUUGUUCGUUAGUGGAGGAGAUCCAACAGUACCUGAGUUCAGGAUGCCUCUGCACCCAUGAACUGACUCCAGCUCAGUGGUCAGCUCUGGUCUUCAUCUUAGUGUCAUCAGAAGAACAUCUUAAUGUUUUUGACCUGAAGAAAUACUCUGCUUCCGAGGAAGCUCUUCUAAGACUACUGCCUGUGGUCAAAGCUUCCAACACAAUAAUACUGAGUGGCUGCAACCUGACAGAGGAAAGCUGUAAAGUACUAUCAUCAGUUCUCAGCUCCAAGCCCUCCACUUUGAUAGAGCUCGACAUGAGUAACAAUGACCUGCAGGAUUCCGGGGUGACCUUGCUGGCGGCAGGACUGGAGAAUCAACACUGCAAACUGGAGAUUCUCAGACUGAGUGGCUGUAAUCUGACAGAGGGAAGCUGUAAAACACUGUCAUCAGUUCUCAGCUCCAAGCCCUCCACUUUGAGAGUGAUUGACAUGAGUAACAAUGACCUGCAGGAUUCAGGCCUGACUUUGCUGGCCACAGGACUGGAGAAUCCACACUGCAAACUGGAGAUUCUCAGGUCAGAGUUCAGCUUCGGUUCAACUGAUAACCAUAUAAAUGUUAAUUAGCUUGAUUCAAAGCUUGUAGUAACAGUGAUCAAUUCUUGCAGAGACCAUAAACAGCGGACAAUUCAACAGGGAUAAACUGCUGUUCUUCUGAACCUGGCCUUUGAUACGGUUAAUCACUAAGUGGUUAAGUUAUCUGAAUUCUAAUCUGCAAUGUACAAAACUUGAUUCAGUGUUUUUCUCUGAGAACUGUUAGUGUGCCAGGAUAAAGUUAGAAAUACCACCACAAAGGGGUCUUGGCAUUACAGUAGUGCCACAGGGUUCGAUCUUUCAGCCAUUGCUGUUUACUGUAUACAGUGGGGGAAAUACUUAUUUGAUCCCCUGAUGAAUUUCCAGGAAGAGAAAGAAUAUUAACCAAAAAUCCAGAGAAACAACAUACAUAAAAGUUAGAAGCUGAUAUGCAUGUCAUUGGGUGAAAAAAAAAAGUACACACACA